GAGGUACCCGAGCUUCUAAACUCCAGUUAGAGAAGAAUGAUCUAGACCAAUGAAUUUCAUUCUCUCUCCAAUAGGAGGGUUCAAAGUGGGGCUUUCCCAGAUGCUUGAACCACCGUGCUUUCUUGUCCAAGGCCACGGUGAUGCUGUGUCCGGGCUUCUCAGAGUGGUGCCGGUUGGGUUUGAAACGAAACAAGGUAGACCACAGCUGCUGAAGGUAGGGAGAUUGUCAUGGCGUGGGUCGCCUGCGAUCGCAGUCUCUUUCACCCUUGUUCCUUGGGGGGGGCUGGUAUGAUCUUGCUAUUUGGCACCACACGAUCAAAACACCUCAGAAAGAUCAGUCUUUCAACACCUCAGAUCUCCGUCGUUGCGCAGCCUGGCUCCUAGCGCGGGUGGCCAGGACGGCAUAUGCCUGAUGGACGCACAGGAGCUCGACGCCGAGCUCUCCGAGCCCUCCGCCUCGUCCGCUGGCGUGGCACCGGGCUCUUGGCGAACGAAAGGCGGCGGGAAGACCGAAGAAGAGGAGCUGAGCUCCGUGCCAUUUCCUCGGUUCCUCCGGUCUCGACCCGCCAGGGACGAGGACCGAGUUUCGGCGGAGCUCGUGAACCCUGGAAGCAUUUGGCAUCCAGAGCUUUGUGCGCGAGCAUGCAUUUACUUCCAUAGCGGUCGCUGCGACUAUGGUAGCUCAUGUCUUUUCUGCCAUCAUUAUCACGACAAGCGGGCCAUCCACCUGGACAAGCGUAACCGGCAGAUCCUCAAGGACUUGUCCGGCGAAGAACUACUGACCAUCGUUUUGCCAGAGGUCCGAAAGAAACUGGUGGAUUUGUCUGAACGGGAUCCUCGACUGUGGACAGCCGUAGAGCCUCUUCUGGAGGAAGGAUCCCGGCAACCGAGCAUGGCCGAUAGUCGCUUUCGAGCAGCCUUUCGUAGCAUGAUGGUCAGGCAGCAACUCCACGUGGUGUUGCAAAAGUUGCAAAAUGAUGGCAGCGCUGAAUGCCAACGGGUUAAGAAUCUGACCGCGGCAAUCGAGCGGGAGCGCUUGCAAUCAUCCAAGUCAAGCGGAGACCGGGGGCCUGUCCGUUAACCUGGGCCCAUCCUGUUUCGAAGUUCCCUCGGGCCCAGGACGGAAAAGAACAUCAAAGUCGUGGUGAACUGGUU